CAACAAAUAGAUAUUCUCAUGAAUCAAUCUAAAAACUAGAUCUGGUUUACUUGUUUUCGUUUUGGGGAAGAGAGUAAGCAGUAGAGAGAAUGGCUGAGGCAGUUGUUUCCUUUGUGCUCGAAAGUCUUAGAGACUUCACCAUUCAGGAAGCCAAGUUCUUGACUGGAGUCAGCCAUCAAGUUGAGGUUGCACAAAAUGAGCUGCAAUUGAUGCAGGGAUUCCUCAAAGAUGCAGAAGCAAGACAAGGACAAGAUGAAACGCUCCGUAUUUGGGUUGCCAAGAUUAGAGAUGCUGCUUAUGAUUUGGAGGAUGUCAUCCAAACUUAUGGCUUGAAAGUGGUUUCCAAGAAGAAAAGAGGUGUGAAGAAGUUUCUCAAAAGAUUUGCCAGCAUCUUCAAGGAAGGGGUCAAUCUUCACAGGAUUGGGAAAGAAAUUGAGAAUAUCACUACCAAAAUUUCUGCGUUGAGGUCGAGUUUGCAGAGUUAUAAUAUAAAGGAAAUAAGGGACAGAGACAGUAGUGGUGGUGAAUCUUCCUUGCAAUUGCAUAAGAGGCAAGGACUACUCAGGCGAAGUUAUUCUCAUGUUGUUGAACGUGAUGUUGUUGGGUUAGAGAACAAUGUAGAAGAAUUGGUAAUGAAUUUAGUGAAAGAUGAAAAUCGUCAUCAAGUUAUAUCUAUUUGGGGGAUGGGCGGUUUAGGGAAGACCACCCUUGCAAGACAGCUUUAUCAUCACAAAAAAGUAAGGCACCAUUUUCAUAGUUUUGCUUGGGUCUGUGUAUCUCAACGGUGUCAAGUAAGAAAAGUUUGGGAAGGAAUUCUCUUCAAACUGAUUUCUGCUACCAAGGAACAAAAACAAGAAAUUAAGGAAAUGACUUAUGAUGAAAUAGCAAAGAAGCUUUUUCGUGUCAUGGAAGAAAUGAGAUGUUUGGUGAUCCUUGAUGACAUUUGGAGUAUCAAGACAUGGAAUCUUUUGAAGGUUGCAUUUCCAAAUGUGGAAACAGAGAGCACAAUACUGCUUACUACACGCCAUCAAGCAGUAGCUUCGCUCCCAAAUAGAAAUGUUUUUUUCCACAAACUCCAGCCACUCAAUGAGAAUGAGAGUUGGAACCUACUUGAGAAGAAAGCAAUAUCUGAAAGGGCUGAUAUCGAUUUGGGAAUUUUCACAAAGAAGAGAGAAUUAGGAAUGAAGAUGCUCCGACAUUGUAAAGGUUUGCCAUUAGCCAUCAUUGUGCUUGCUGGAGUUCUAGGCAGAAAAAACACUAUUAGAGAAUGGGAGAUAGUGUAUGAGAAUGUUCAUGAAUACAUAAGUAGAGGCAUAGGUCAUGAACAAGAAUAUGAAGAAUAUGAAGGUGUAUCGCAAGUGUUGGCAUUGAGUUAUGAUGACCUACCGUAUUACUUAAAACCAUGUUUUUUAUAUUUAGGUCAUUAUCCUGAAGACUGUAAUAUUUGGGUGAGCAAAUUGACUAAGUUAUGGGUGGCAGAAGGUCUUAUUUCCUUGAGACAACAAAGACAUGGUUUGGGGGAAACAAUGGAGGAUAUAGCACGUGAUUGCUUAAGUGAGUUGGUGGAAAAGUGUUUGGUUCAAGUGGGAACAAGUGGUUCAACUGGGACAAUUAAAACUUGUCGAAUCCAUGAUCUUGUACGAGACAUGUGUUUGUUAAAGGCAAAAGAGGAAAGCUUUUUCCAGAUUAACUAUUCUUUGCAAGAAAAUGAGGCAGCUAAUCCAUUUACUUCUUCUAUGGCAGCCAAGGCAGCACAAUUGGGGAAAAUUCGAAGACUUGCAAUUUACUUGGAUGAGAAAGCAGAUAGGUUGGUUUCUUCAAGAGAUGAAACAAAUGGGCACGUAAGGUCUCUAUUAUUCUAUGGCCUAAGAGAAUGGAAGCCAAAAAGUGAAAAAGUAUUACUAUCUCCGUUGAAGGAUUUCAAAGUGCUUAGAGUUUUGAAGGUUGAAGGUCUUUAUAAAGUAGAAGUAGAGUUGCCAAGUGAAAUUGGAAAUAUGGUACACUUAAGGUUUCUAAGCGUGAGGAGUAGCGAAAUAAAAAAGUUUCCGCCAUCCCUAGGUAAUUUAGUAUGCUUGCAAACUCUUGAUUUUCGUGUUUCAAGUUAUAUCAACAUGGUCAUCCCAAAUGUGAUAAAGAAGAUGAAACAAUUAAGACAUUUAUAUUUACCCUUGAAUUACACAGCAAAGGAUAACAUGGAGCUGUCUACUCUUGGCCAUCUACAGACCUUAUAUAACAUUUCAAGCAAGUAUUGUGAUUUGAGAGAUGUUGGUAGAUUAACCAAUCUUAGAAAAUUGAGAAUAAGACUGUCAAGAUAA